CGGCUGGGUCCUGAGCGGGGCCCUCGCGCUCUCCGUGGCGUCACGUGCGCGACUCCUGGCUGGGGAGAUGCCCCCGAAAGGGAAAAGCGGUGGCAAAAGUGGGAAGGGAGGAGCUGCUGGCGGUGGGGGCAGUGCCGAGAAGCAGGCCCCGGCCCUGAAGGGUGGGGGCAGCUCUGUGAAGGUUAGACACAUCCUAUGUGAAAAGCACAGCAAAAUCAUGGAGGCCAUGGAGAAGCUGAAGUCUGGAGUGCGCUUCAGUGAAGUAGCCUCACAGUACAGUGAAGAUAAAGCCAGACAAGGGGGAGACUUGGGCUGGAUGACCAGAGGUUCUAUGGUGGGACCUUUCCAGGAAGCAGCAUUCACCUUGGCAGUCAGCAGUAUGGAUAAGCCAGUGUACACAGACCCUCCUGUCAAAACGAAGUUUGGAUACCACAUAAUUAUGGUUGAAGGGAGAAAAUAAAAUACAAAAAAGAGUGAAGUUGA